UUAUCUGUCUCACCCUCUUGUCUCCAGUCAGACCCAGGGAAGGUCUGUGAGGCUGUAAAGGCGGCAAUAGAUGUGGGAUACAGGCACAUUGAUGGUGCGUAUGUCUACCAGAACGAAGGAGAAGUUGGGGAUGGAAUUUGUGCCAUGAUCGACAAAGGAGUGGUAAAGAGGGAGGAUCUGUUCAUCGUCAGUAAGUUGUGGUGCACCUCCCACCUCCCAUCUCUGGUGAGGACAGCCUGUGAGAAGACGCUCUCUGACCUGAAGCUGGACUACCUGGACCUUUACCUCAUGCAUUUCCCUAUGGGAGCCAAGGUAUGGUGCUAUAGUCCUGUCCUGGCUAUACAGACAACAAGAGCAGGAUAGGGUUCUGGUCCAGCU